AAUUUUACUAGAUCGAGCUAAUGUAAUCGAAAGAUAGUUAAGCAUUUUAAGAUAUCAAUUGAAUAGAGGAAACGAGAUAGAAGUACAGUAUCUUCGUUUACUUUACUUAUUUACAUUUUUUUCCAUGUGGUAAAGGGCGUGAGUAACCGUUAUCAGGACUUCGUUAUCAAAGUUUGAAGAGCCAAGAAGAGGUGCGCCUAGUUACGUUGCCCACCGUGAAAACGAUUCGAUCUUCGCAGUUUACAUUCAACUGUCGUCUUGUACUUCGAAUAUCCACGAUGAAGGCUCAAUUGCUGCUGAUAGUUUUUAUUGCAAGUACUUAUGCAAUAGAAAAAUAUAAAUUUUGCGUGCCAAACUCAAACGACAACUGUCAAAACAUAGAAAAAGGCGAUAGUAAAAUUGAAUGCAUUCGCGUAAGUGACAAUGCUGAAUGUGCAAUACGUUUAGCAGAAGGUAAAGCAGAUUUCGGUUUAUUCAGUCCAGAUGCAUUAUUACUGACCUAUCAAUUCUAUCCCGAUGAAAUCGUACCUAUCUUCGGAUUAAGGCAUAGGGACAAACUUUUGCAGAAAUAUGAAUUUCAAUCUGUGGCUGUAGUAUCUUCGGACAUUUCCAUUGCGAUUAACAGUGGUUUUGAAAGUUUAAAAAACGCCGGUCUCUGUCAUCCUGGGUUCAGUAAAGCACAGUGGUGGAACGAUUACAUUUUGAAAUAUUUUGAAAAAAAUACGUACAAAGCUGAUUGUCAAACAAAUAUAACUGCGAUAGAAAAUGAAUUAAAAAAUAUUAAAUCGUUCUAUGGUAAAGCGUGCAGACCAGGUGAUUGGACAUCUGAUGUUAAUUUUAGCGCUGCUCUCAAGAAGAAAUAUCCUGAGCUUUGUGCCUUAUGCGAUGAUACGACUGCUUGCAAGUAUGCAAAUGAUGAGAAACAUGGCCACAUAGGUGCUUUGGAUUGUUUAACAUCGGGACGUGGAAAAGUAGCAUACGUAGCACUCGAAUACGUUCAUCAAUAUUUCAAAGAAGAUCAAAAAUCUCAGUAUCGAUUUUUGUGUCCUGAUGGAUCCCUUCAUAAUUUAACUAGUAAUAAUCCUUGCUCGUGGAUCAAACAACCAUGGGGUGCAAUUGUUGCUAGAAAAAAAGUGGCAGAUGAACUUACAAACCUCUUAACUUUUUGGUUAUCGGGAUCAGCAACAUAUGCUGUUGAAUCAUGGUCAGAAUCUUUAAAAAGAUUUAUAGAAGAAAAUAACGGUGUCGUCACAAAUAUUACAAGACCUACGUCUUUAGUUAGUUAUUUGGCAGAAGGAAGAAAGGAAGUGAUACUUUCAGACGUAAAAACUUGCGGCAACGUUAUUCGUUGGUGUACUAUAAGCAUUCUCGAGAGAACAAAAUGUGAAUGGAUUGCGAAAGAAGCGAUAGCUCUUGGUAUCGAACCGAAAAUUUCUUGCUGGCAAGCCAAUUCAACAUUCGAAUGUUUCCGUGACAUUGCCGAUAAUAAAGCCGAUAUCAUUACUAUCGACUCAAAUUAUGGAUACAUAGCACGAAAAGUUUACAAUUUAAAGUCCAUCCUUUAUGCUGAAACCGACAAACAAAUCAUGAAGGAUAACAUGAUCAUGGCUGUUCUUCGGAAACCUGAAGAUAACAACUAUCCGAUAAAGAAUUUUCAACAAUUAAAGGGUCAUACAGCUUGUUUCCCUGAAUAUGGUGGAAUAUCUUGGUUGAGUUUCAUUAAAAUUGCUCGAAUAAAUCGCAUUAUUUCGCCAGUCUCUUGCAAUUACCCUAGUCUCCUCAGUAAUCUAUUCUCUGGCGCUUGUAUGCCCGGUAUAAAGGACAAUAAUUAUGAGAAGGGUAUCAGCUCGGCUAUUACAACCAAGUUUUGUUCCGUUUGUCCGAAAACAAAUGAUACUCAUGAUUGUACGACAGAUAAAGGACCACUAACAUGUUUAAACGAAGGAGCCGAUAUAGCUUUUGUUGAAAUCGGUAAUAUAAAAGAAGAGAAAAAUAAUCCCAACCAAUAUCACAUUUUGUGUAAAAAUGGCAGUUUGGCUUCAACAACAGGAUUAAAUUUGGAUAAACCAGAGCUUUGUGCUUUAUCUGUAACCAUCAAUAGCGAAGUGGUUGGUCGAAAAGGGUACACAGAGAUCGAUUCCUUGAAUGCAAUUAUGUCCUUACUAAAACUUCAAGAUUGGUUAGGAUAUCGCGUUUAUACAUUUAGAGUACUCCAUAUCUAUGGAACAUUUAAUGGCACCAAUGAUCUUCUGUUUAAAAGCUCUACUAUUGGUUUAGAAUCCACAACAUCAAAAAUCGAAUCUGUAUUAGCUUAUAAAGAACUUUUUAAUCAUGUCGAUGAAUGUUCUUCAGCUGGAUUAUUAAUGUUUUCAAAUGUUACUUUAAUCGCAUUAAUAGUAAUAUCCAUUUAUUCUAUGAUAUGAAGCUAAUAUUAAAUUAUAAAUUGUAAAUACACAUAUGUUAAGUAUGUGCAAAAUUGAAACACAUUGUAUAUUCUUUUGUAAUAAUACAAAAGUAAUAAUAAAUGACAUUCGUCAAUUUUUAUUAUUUUUAA